ACAACUUCAUGUCAUACAAAAAACCAAAGUUUACUUCAAGGCUUCAAUAAUCAUAGUCAAAGGUUGUGUUCGUGAAAGAAAGAAAGAAAGAAAGAGAAACAAUGGAAGGUUUGAUUCCAUAUCUUAUCCAUGCCAUCAAGAAGCAGAAACCUCAUCACCACAGCUUCAACAGGAGCUUUUCUCAUUCUGGGAGCGUAAAUCGUAGUUACCACAUGUUAUUGGAAUCUGACUCAUUAACAGGAUCCUCUCAUAGAAGAACCAGGUCUGAUUUUCAGCAACCCACAACUGAGUUCUUAGAGCACAGAUUUGGUGUUGAUGGAAGUUUGGUUAGCCCAAGAGGCAUCACUGUGACAGCUCUGCCUCCGACCACUGCCAAUGCUGUUGCUUCUUAUGCUACCCAACCACCCUCAAAGAAUUUCAACAACGUUCGCAAACACAAAUGAUAUAUAUAUAACAUCCUAGGGGGUGUUCAACUUUCCAUAUUUCAAAAGAAAAAGAAAAAAAAAAAAACUUUUGGGACUUGUAGAUUUUGAUUUUGUAUUUCUCUUCUCAGGUUUGAUUCAUUUGAUUAAGAUGAUGGGUAAAUCUCAUUUGUCUAUUUGUGUAUAGUCCUAUACUUCUGAUCCUGUAACUUGUAAGUUUAUCUCUACACUAGAGGAUUAACUGUAAUGAAUACAAUCUUUUGUGUGCUACAAUGAAUGGUAAAAGAUUUCAAGAGAAAUAAUUAUCUUUCCUUUAAUUA